UAUAGAACGAGUGUCAAAUAUGUUGACUAAGACAAAAAUGACAACUUUUACUUCAGGCCACCAGCAGGAAGUGUAGCUUUCAGUUUCGUUACUGUACUGACUCACUUUCACUUUAAUGUAUUCCACAUUGAACUCCAUAUUCAAGGUCAACAUUCAAUUCAUGCGCUAAGUUGACGGCUAGUGCUAUUUUUUCCUUCUCUGACAUCUUUAAAAUCCUUCAAAAAUCACCAAAACAAGGGGUCAUCAAUUCUGAAACAAAUCACUGCUGAUUUCUGUCCAUGCCUGUGGAAAUGUUCACAAAUUUGGAAAGUUUAGAGCAGUCCUCCCGAGUUGUGACCGUGCAAGAUUUACUUGGAGAGUCACCGAAUCUCAGCCUCUUCCACACGAGGACAAAAAUAAUCUGCACUUCUUUCUGCUGCCUUUCCGUGGAUUUCCUAUAAUUCCCACCCUGUUUAAUUCAUCCCACCCACGCCCACCUCCAGGCACGCACACUCCACUAGGAAGAUCACAUUCCCAAGCGCUCCAGAGAACUUCCGGAUACGCGGGAGGGAGUGUCUGCAGGGGAGAUGGUUCCCUAACUAAAUGCUCUUCCUCCCAUUCUACUUCGUAAAAUUCUAGGAGUGUCCGGUAAUUGAACGGCAUUAGAACAGCAACAUGUUCAACAAUCCUUUUCGCCCAUACAAGCAUGGUGAGGAAGAACCCGAGCUUGGAGACAUGAUAGAAAUCUCUCGUGGGACCUACCAGCAUUGGGCCUUGUAUGUGGGCAACAAUUGUGUUGUUCAUUUGACUCGACCCGGGAAGUCUUCGGAGUUAAACACCAACAGAUACUUCUGCAGGGAUAUGGCCGUAGUGUUGAUGGAUAAGUUGCAGGAGGUGGUGGGAGACAACUACUACAGAGUCAACAACCUGCUGGACCGCAGUUACAAACCCCGCCCAGUUCGCGACAUCGUGAAGGAGGCGCUGGCGGAGGUGGGCAAGGUGCUACGCUACUACAUCCUCAGUGCAAACUGUGAGCAUUUUGUCACCAAACUGCGUUAUGGCAGCGCAAUGUCCCGCCAGGUGCAAAGACUCUUUUUCAUGGGUCCUGUGGGCUGGGUGACUGCAGGGAUCCUUGCACUCACAGGCGCAAGCACCAGCUCCACCCCCAGAUCCAAUAAGGCGAUCCGUCACCGGUAAAGAACCAGUCGCAGUUGCCAGAACGUUCCGAAAAACAACAACUCCCCUUUCUUCUCUACUGUAUCAGUAUUGGCUGUCCUCAAGUACUUUAUUUGGAAUUGUAUCGAUUUGUCUUUUAUUAUCUUUUAUUAAAUUCUACCUUUAU